AGCGGGAAAAUAAUGGGGAUAAAGAAAUGGAAAUAAUAAAAAUUAUUUUUGAGUUAAAAUUAGAAAUUGCUAAAUUAACCAAAAAUCAUAAAGUCACCGAUUUAGUUCCUAAGGAUUACCAAGAAAAAUUAAUGAAUAUGAAAUCUAUCGCCGAAGCCAAAUCUUAUCAGCAAGAAAUUGAAAAAAAAAUACAAGAGGAGAAAGCAAAACACCAGUCACUUUUUACUGACGAAAACAAACUUUCUUUGCCAGUCAAAGUAGUUAUCGGAGCCGGAAUAAUUGGUCGUAUUCACCAAAUAAAAAAGAUUUCUAAACCUUCGCAACAUAUUCAUUUAAAAGCCAAGGAAAUAAAAAAAUAUUGUCAUCAUCGCGGCGUUUACCUUAUCUCUACUUCGCUUCCUGAAACUCCCUUAUUAACUCAUCGUGAAGCCUUAGUUCAAAAUCAAGGUGAAAAAGUAAAAAUUAAUUUAGGAAAGGGGACGAUUUCUGCCGAAGGUCCAUUAGGGAAAAGUGAAGAAAUGCCUCUUCCCGCUGAUUUAGAAAUUACUAAUCAAGAAAAUAAGUUAAGCACCAAAUCGGUUAACUCUGCUUUGGCCGGUACUUAUAAUGCUUUAAUUUCUAAUCUAAUAAAGGGAGUGGUAGAAGGUCAUGAAAGUGUGGUUGAAGUGAAAGGAGUAGGAUAUAAACACUAG